UUUGUAUGUUGCGCGCGAGUGUGAGGGAACGUCCACGUCAUCUUCCCCCUGAUGGCAACCACAGGGUUUCCUUCAGGGGGUGACGUCACCACUGGCUGCCUCUGAGAACGACCCGCAGCGCGCGACGCCCGCGAGGCGAAAGGAAGGAAGGGGGCGGGGCAGACGCAGAGGGGCGGGGUUCCGGAGCGGUUCCUUGAUGCCGGGAUGCGAGCAAGGCCUGGCCAUGGUCGUCUUCGGGUUAACGGUCGUGCGACAUGGGGAAACAAGGUAUAACAAAGAGAAGAUAUUGCAAGGGCAAGGUGUAAAUGAGCCCCUUUCUGAGACUGGCUUCAGCCAAGCCAGUGCUGCUGGCAUAUAUCUCAGUAAUACUAGAUUCACCCAUGUCUUCUCUAGUGACUUGCUUCGGGCAAAGCAGACCACAGACUCAAUUCUUGCAAAGAGUCAGUUCUGCAAAGACAUAUCUGUAAACUACGAUGCAAGACUUCGGGAACGUAAAUAUGGAGUGGCAGAAGGAAAACCUUUAAGUAAUCUCAAGGCUAUGGCAAAAGGUGCUGGGGAGCAAUGCCCAUCUUACACCCCUCCUGGAGGAGAAACACUAGAUGAGGUAAAUGCUCGUUGCAAAGAUUUUUUUGAAUACCUUUGCCAACUUAUUUCCCAAGAAAGAUGUCUGGAAAAACAGUCCUCCCCAAGCACAGAAGGAACUGACACAGAAAUAGAAGGAAGGUCUGCUACUUCAUUAACAAGUUAUGGCUGCAGGAUGGAGUUUCAUUCUGAAUCUGAUAGAGCAGACAAAGGAAUGGAUGCCAAUGUACUGGUUGUGAGUCAUGGUGCAUACAUGAGAAAUUGGAUUGGCUAUUUUAUUUCAAAUUUAGAGUGCACUUUACCAAAUACUGUGACAAAGACUGAACUGUCUUCUGUCAGUCCCAAUACUGGAAUUAGUCAGUUCAUUAUAAAAUUUGAGAUGAGAAAAAUGUUCAGACCUCAAAUUCAUUGUAUUUGUCUCAAUAGAGGAGACCAUUUAAUGGGUUUAACACAUGAAAAUGUGUAGUUUAAAACAUUAAAAUGCAAAAUGUAUUUAUGCUGUGUGUGAAAACAUAUUUUCUUUUAAAUUAUUGUAAUAUUUAUACCUUACUUUGCUUAAGAGAAUGUUUGCUUCAGGAGAAAGAAAUUAAGUAAGUCUUCAUUGUUUGAAAAAUUGAUUUCUAUGUUGAAGGAUGCUAUACAAAACUGUCAGACUUAAUUAUUUUCCCACUGAAAGUACCACAGUAUCAAAUAUUAUCUUGGUGGGUAAAAAAAAUUCCUGAGCAUGCAUGGUAUCCUCGUUAAACUGGGAACAUCAGUGUUCUCUAGUGUUAAUAAGAAAAUCAUCAGUAUGUAUGUGUGUGAAAAUUGAUGUUGAACUCUUAAAAAUAAUGAAAGGUAGAUAGUCUAACUGAACUAUUACAGAUACUAUGUAAGUUGAUUUAUGGGUAUGCUUGUCUAACUUUUUCAGUUGUGCAGCCAGUCCCACUUCUCACCUGAAGGUCACACUGUCAGUUCCUCCUCUUUGUAUCUAUCUUUGCUUCCAAGGGCCUCUCACUGCUGGACUGUUGCCAGGAAGGUCUGAGGAACCAGUAUGAACAGAUGCUGACAGGAAGGGCUCUGCAUUUUGGGUACCCAAUUAAAAGUGGUGAGCAAGAUGAUUACUUUUUAUAGAAUGACCUUAGUGUGAUUCUGAAAGAAUCUGAAUGCAGUUGAAAGCAAGAGCAUCAUCAGUUUCAAUUUUGAAGACAGAAUAGGUAGAGCAUUCCCAAGUGGUUGGUUGAUUUUAUUUACUUAUUUAUUGAAAGUAUUUAUGCCUUGCACUUCAGCCACAAAGACUCUCAGAAUGGCUUACACAUUGUUCAUCAAUGUUUAUCAAUAUUUGGCUAAUUCUGAGUAAAUGUUGGGAGAGCAACAGCCUUGAAUGAAGUACAUUGCUGCUAUUUGCAUUAUAGUAGAAAUUCUUUAUUUCUGUAUUAUCAAAUAUAUGAUUUUUUACUUCACAUAUGCAAUACAAUCUCAGGCUUAGUGACUUUAUUUUAAUAUUUUAUAAAACCUGUAAACCUUUCAAUAUUUGUCAUUGUAAGAGAACAGAAUAUAAAAUAUUUAAAUGGAUUAACAUGGGGGGAAAGGUUAAACAACCAUCAGAAUCGAUGGAUUUGGGGCACCAUUAAGGUCAUAUAGAUCAUAGUGUUGAAAGAUUAGUACAAUGCUGCAACCUUAAAAUAGAUUUGGAUAACCUGUUUACUUCAAGAACAUUUGAAGUUACCCUGCCAUUUAUCUUAAUCACUUUAUCCCACAAGGGGAUUUUAGCAAUGUGGUACUAGUUCUCUGCUACCUCUGGAUCUAGAGAGAUCCUCAUCGGAAGAAGGUACAAUACAAUCUUCUUCCGAGGGAUCAGGCACCUCUCCUCUGACAUAGUGAAGUCUUUACUGGUCUAGACCCAAAAUCUGCUAAAUUUUAUCAGACAAGAUGAACAGUAGUCAUCUUGGCUGAUAAAACAUGGAUUAAUUCAAACACUUUGUCCAGUCCACAUCAGUAGACUACAAUACGUGAAACUGAUCCUGUUAUUUUUUGCUAGUAGUAUGGUGUCAUCUGCAUAUCUUAAAUUGUUGAAGCUCCUUUUCCAGUUUUCAUACUUCCUUUGUCCAAAUUUAAUCCAAUUUUGUAUAUGACACCUUCAGCAUACAAGCUAAACUGAUAAGAUGGUGAAAUGCAGCCUUACCUGACCCCCCUCAACAAUUGGAAACCACUCUGUUUCUCCAUAUUGUGUCCUAAUGGAGGCCUCUUAUCCUGAACACAGGUUAUGCACAGGUAAAUGAGUGGUUUACCCAUUUCUUUAAGAACAGUCCAUAGUUUUCCAUGAUCUAUACCAGUGCUGUCUAUGAGUCUGGGUACAAAUCCACAUAAUAGCCUAUAGUCCAUAUUUUAACAACUUGUCUUCAAGAUUUCAUACAUCCACAGUUUUCUUCUGACCUAGCAAAAACUUUUUUUACAUGGCCUAUUUUUGAGAAACCCAUUCUGGCACUUAGUAGGUAGGCACAGUUCUGUCGUUCCAAUCCCAGCAACUGAGGAAAGGUCCUGCCACCAUGCUAACUGCUUCCGCUGUGGCCUCUGAGGAAGACAACAGCAGCCAACUUCUGCUAAUCUUAAUCUGCUCCCACUACUAUUCCCAUAUCUUUGUGUGUCAUGUGUUUUUUUUAUUGCAAACCUAAGGGCUUGAAAGUUUCAAAUUAAUAAUUGUAAAUUGAUACACUAAUGGCACUCAAAUAAAUAAGGACUUUUUCUUUGAUUUGACCCAUGUGUUUUAAAAGCAGUGCUUGAACAGUUUUAAACAGCUUUUCCAAAACUUUUGUCAUCCUCCCGCCCAACACUCCUAUCCAGAGCUUCAGAAACAGAGAAAAUAUCUCAUUGGAGUAUUUUCUCAUUUGUUAGACUUGAAUAUUUUUUUAUUUGCAUGACAUGCUCUGAAUGUGAUUGGUGUUUAUUGAUAAACACGAACACUCAGCAAUAAUGGCAGGUUCUAUUUGUUGUGACAUAAGUAGGGUUGGUAUUUAGGAUUCCGGAUUUGGUAUUGAGAGGAACCAAGAUGUUUCUGUCCUAGUUCAAGAUGAUACAACAGUACCUCUCUCCUAAUUGCAUCGUACAAAACUACUCGCACUUUUCUGGCCCACUUCCUCUUUUACGAGCCAACCCAGGAUUUUAUCAAAGUAUGUUUAUUGUGUAUUGGUAUAUGUGAUUUUAUCUGUUUAUGAUUUGUAUUUACUGUUGAGUUUUAUAUUGUUUGUUGCCUGGGCUUGGCCCCAUGUAGGCCGCCCUGAGUCCCCUUGGGGAGAUGGGGCGGGGUAUAAAAAUAAAAUUAUUAUUACUGUAUUAUUAUUAUUAUUAUUAUUAUUAUUAUUAUUAUUAUUAUUAUUAAAUCCAUUUGCUUACUAAAUCACUUCUUUUCCCUGUCCCAUAACCUGUAUGUUUUGUGGAUUCAGCAACCAAACCAAUUGUAUGUGCUGGAUGAAGAGCAUAUUCUAGGAGGGUAGAUUCACACUGUGUCCGGAAUGCCAGGAUUUAUUCCUGGUGUGCCCGCUCCAGUGUUUCGUGGUCAAGACAAGUGAUGAGUGUAGGCUCAGUGGUUAAUUUUAUUGCUUUGUUGAUCAAGAAAGGAUGUCAGGGAGAGAAGAACCCUUCCCUUCAUGGCUGUCAGUAUUUCACGAUCUUUCAAAAACAAUGGAUUUUGUUCUGAUUGGCUCAAAGUUACAAUUAUUUUUCUUAUUGGUUUGAUGUACAAUCAUUGCGCUCAUGUUUUGCAGCUAUGAUUGGUGGAUUAUGUAUGGCGGGAACUUUAAUAAAGUUUUACUGGAGAAAUCCUGAA